AUGGCAACGGUACACACUGUUGAUGGCAGGCUUAUAAUAUGCGCAUCAUCAAAGGUAUUCUCUAUUGUAGAUUCACAAGGAGUACUGGAUAUCCGUGAAACUUUUGAUGUGAAAAACGCUUCCACCUCGGCACCAAAGCCAAACAAAUGUUCGGAAGCGAACUCAAACGUCAAACAAAAUAAUGGCUCGGAGGAUCCAAGUUACCAAGUGUUAUGUUGUGCUGUAUCAAAUUGUGGAACUAUGCUAGCCAUUGGCACAUCGGAAAAGACCGCUAUGAUUCUCAAUUCGAAGUCUUUGCAGAUGAGGAGAGCAUUCAGAAUUCCCAAAGCGCCUACAUCUGUUUGUUUUGACAAGGAUGACUCUCAUAUUAUAAUUGGGGAUCGUGCCGGUCACGUUAUUUGUUACACUGUUGAACCUAGUGAAAAGUCCGGAUAUGUGGAUAUGAAUGGAGAAGAGUGCCCUUACGAAGGUGAGCCUCUUACGAGCGCCAUUUCUAUGGUUUUGGACGUUGCAAUAUCACACGAUGGCAGGUUCUUAUUGGCUGCCGAUCGCGAUGAGAAGAUCCGGGUUUCGCGUUAUCCACAAGCUUUUGUUGUGCAGUCGUUCUGUCUUGGUCACUCUGCAUAUGUUAGUUCGGUCGCAGUUCAUGGGCACCGGGUAUUUUCCACAGGCGGUGAUAGCAUAGUACACGAAUGGAACAUAGAGACCGGAAAAUCAGUUGCAAAAAGUGACAAACUAGAUGAAGUGCCUGUUCGAAGGAUUUGUUUACUACCAAAGGUGCAGGAUGAGAAGUUCAACAUUGUUGCAAUUUCUGGAAAUAAGUUGCAUAUAUUGAAUGAAAAGCUGCAAGAGAUCAGAAGUGUGGAUGCAUCAAGUGCGAUAAUGGACGUUUCCGUCUUGGAGGAAAAUGUAUAUUGUGUGAGCAGUAGUGGUGUGUUCUCAUUCAAUGUUGCUGAAGGAACGCUAAAAUCACUCACUGUGACGAACGAUUUGAUUGAAGCACUGUCAAACGCUAAAGAUCCUAUCUCCAACUACUUUAAAAAUGUUACUCAUCAAAACAUGGUGGACUAUUACAAGAGAAAGGCUGAAAAAAUUGAAAGCAUAAAAGAGAAGCAAAAUCGUAAGAGAAAAGCAAAAGAGGAACGAAGAAAAGCCGAGAAGAGGUUAGCCGGUGAGGCAGAAGUUACAUGUUGA